AUUCUUCCAGAAUGCCAGAGGAGAGUUCGCCAAAGCGGAGUCCUCAAAACAUCCCGUACAAGGACCUGCCCCAUAUCAUCAAUGCUGAUGGCCAGUAUCUCUUCUGCAAGUAUUGGAAGCCAACAGCAACUCCCAGGGCCCUGGUGUUUAUCGUUCACGGCGCUGGGGAGCACUGCGGCCGCUAUGAGGACCUGGCCCAGAGGCUGACAGAGCUUAACUUGUUUGUUUUUGCCCAUGACCAUGUUGGUCAUGGGCAGAGCGAGGGGGAUCGUAUGGUUGUCUCAGAUUUCCACGUCUUCAUCAGGGACAGCCUGCAGCACGUUGAUCUCAUGAAGAAAGAGUACCCUGAGCUGCCUGUUCUCAUUCUGGGGCACUCCAUGGGGGGAGCCAUCUCCAUUCUGACCGUUAGUGAGAGACCCAGUGAGUUUUCAGGCAUGCUGUUAAUCUCUCCUUUAGUGGUAGCCAGCCCAGAAGUCGCCACUCCCAUCAAGGUUUUUGCAGCAAAAGUGCUCAACUUUGUUCUCCCAAACCUGUCUUUGGGAUCCAUAGAUCCAAGUGCAGUUUCCCGGAACAAGAAGGAGAUAGAGUCUUAUGCAUCUGAUCCCUUGGUCUACCAUGGUGGCAUGAAGGUCUCCUUUGUCAUCCAGCUGAUGAAUGCCAUUGCCAGAAUUGAACGAGCUCUGCCCAAGUUGACUUUGCCCAUCCUGGUGCUACACGGCUCUUCCGACAAGCUCUGCGAUAUCAGAGGGUCCUAUUUACUGAUGGACACAGUGCAGAGUCAGGACAAAACGCUCAAGGUGUAUGAGGAAGCUUAUCAUGCCCUCCACAAAGAGCUGCCUGAGGUCACUACCUCUGUCUUCACAGAAAUACUAACAUGGAUUGGCCAGAAGGUCUCAGCAGCUGGAGAAACCAGCCAUACUUAA